AUGAAUGAUGGUCUACCUUCAGACUUGGAGUCGCUAGAUACACUAGAAACACAGCAAUCGAUAAGCUCGUCUGACCGAAACCAUGGACCGCGAUCCUUACAUCAUGAAAAUACAGCAAGAUAUCUCAACGAAGAGCAACAGAAUGAAGCUCAAAUAGGUACUAGCAGGAUUAGUUCAAAUCGAUCUAAAGUAAGUAGGGCUUCAAGGAAGGCUAGUAGGAUUUCAAUUUCAAAAAGGAGAGGAUUGCUUCUGCAACUUUCUCUCAUUCCUGAGUACGAAGAUGCUAGAGAUUAUCCCAGAAAAAUCAAAUUUGCAAUCGUUCUGGUUAUAGCAUUUGCGGCUGUUACUGGACCCAUGGGAACUUCAAUCAUGUUGCCAGCUAUUGACGACAUCUGUAUCGAUUUAAAUACGACGCAGGCUAUAGUUAAUGUUUCCGUUGGAAUUUAUCUAUUAUCUUUGGGCAUAUUUCCUAUGUGGUGGUCAUCAUUUUCAGAAAUAUAUGGUAGGCGAAAUGUUUAUUUGAUAUCUUUCUCCAUGUUUUUGGCAUUUUCAAUUGGCGCUUCUUUAUCGCCCAGUAUCGGUGCCUUGAUCAUAUUUAGAGUUCUACAGGGUGGUUGUUCUGCUUCUGUUCAAGCUGUGGGGGCUGGGACAGUUAGCGAUCUUUUCAUUCCAGAAGAAAUGGGAUUUAGUAUGGGGAUAUAUUAUUUGGGUCCUUUAGUCGGACCCUUUGCUGCUCCAAUCCUCGGUGGUGUGGUUGGCGAGGUGUGGGGCUGGCGAGCAACUCAGUGGGUUUUAGUAAUCGUUUCUGGAAUCAGUGUUAUGACUAUAAUGUUUCUUCUUCCAGAGACGUUGAGAAAAAGUGAUAAUAUUGGAGCUAUAAGUAAAAUGUUACAGGAGAAAAUGAAGUCCGAAAACGAACUGGAUAUAUCACAAGAGAUGGAGGAAAUUGAAAGAACAGUUUCUCAGCCUAGUAUACGUCUGACAUCUGAGUAUCCUAUGAUUGAUCCCGUCAUGCCAAGUUUAACCAGAUUAACCACAGAAAGAUCACAAUAUUCGAAGAAAAUUGUUGACGAAACUUUGAAACGGGAGUUAUCUCAAUAUAGUAAUCGUGCAUCGAAUGACGAAGAAGGGGCAAACAAAUGGAAGAGAUUUGGUUCGACUUUGUAUGAUUUAAUUAUAAGACCAACUCAUGCUGUUGUAUUAUUGACUUAUCCACCGGUUGCAUGGACUAUUACUUAUUCUGCCACAACUUUUGCGGUGGUGUAUUUCUUCAACAUGACUAUAUCAUAUGCAUAUGCGAAAGAGCCAUAUAAUUUCAGCUCUAUAAUAAUUGGUUUGAUGUAUAUCCCUAAUUCAGUGACUUACAUAAUAGCAUCGGUCUUUGGAGGAAGGUGGAACGAUAGAUUACUUAACAACUAUGCAAAGAAACAUAAUGGAAAUUUGGUACCGGAGGCAAGAAUUUCGUGGAAUGUAGUAACUGCAGUUGCUUUGUUUCCCGCUGCAUGCCUAAUUUUUGGCUGGUCUAUUAGGUAUGGCGAACACUGGGUUGUUCCCUUAGUUGGAACAGCAAUUUUUGGUUUUGCUUCAAUGCUUAUCAUUGGAGCUACUGUCACAUUUAUAGUUCAGUCUUUGCCAGGAAAGGGUGCCACUGGCGUUGCACUUAACAACCUUAUCAGGCAAAUACUUGCCGCUACUGCUACGUUUGUGGUAGAACCCCUCUUGAAUGCCAUUGGCCCUGGAAUUUUGUUCUCGAUUUUGAUGGGAAUUUUACUUGUUGCUUCGGUGUCAUUAUACAUCGUCAAAAAAAGAAGUCCAUACUGGAGAAAGCAUUCUGACUUGUCAAAAUUAUACAUGAAAUUAUGA